AUGGAGUUUGCACCCGGACACCGACUGACUGAUCUUGACUAUGCCGAUGAUAUCGCCUUACUUGCUUCAAGUUUUGGUGAUUUGCAGUCUACGGUGUCACGGGUGAACGAGGUGGCUAAGUCGGUCGGUUUAUCCAUAAACGCUGGGAAGACCAAAGUGUUUUCAAGCUGCACCCCUGACCAGGAGGAGGCACCCCUCUGGAUUGAUGGCUGUCAACUAGAAGAAGCAGACAGUUUUAAAUACCUCGGGGACAGGCUGCUGUAUAAGGAACAGAGUAAGGACGACAUUGUCUCCCUAAUCGAUGCUGCCCGCUGGGUUUUCUCAAGCCUUCGAAAAUGCCUAUGGAUCCGAACUGACCUCUCCAUCGCCACUAAGAUUCGCGUGUGCCGUGCAUCUGUCCGGUCUGUCCUUCUCUACGGUUGUGAAUGCUGGGCCUUGCGCGUGGAGGACGAGCGAAAACUGGAAGUAUUUGAUCAGCACUGCUUGAGGACCAUCCUUCGAGUAAAGUUCACCGACUUCGUCUCAAAUGAGAUAGUCCGCACUCGUUGCAAAAACAUCGCAAGGAUAACUCAGGCCAUCCAAGAAAGAUGA